AUGGACCUCGAUCCAACCCUCAUCAAAUCAACGAACUCAACAACAAGCCUACGCAGCUUCAGCGCCAGAGACUCAAACACAAUGAAUCCAGCGCGCCUCUCGCGCCGCCUCCUCGUCUUCCAGGAAGCCCGCAACCCAAGCAACAUGAGCGAAAUCGUCUACCUCCCCGUCAACAAACUGGGUCUGCCCAUCUGCGGCCCGGGCCCAGAGUUACCCUCCAUCCUGGAACUCCCCUUGCGGAUUCUGAGGGCGUUUACGGACAUUUUCAACCAGCCUAAGUAUAAGGGGUGGGCGGUUCUGGCGGCGGGCCCAUACCAUGAUACCUCGGAAGAGGGCAAGUAUUAUGCUGUGGUGCUGGAGCAGACUCACAGUCAUACUCGGGAGGAGGCUGUGUCCUGA